AACUCUUGUUACAUUCCCUUUUCUCUUCACUUGGGACAUUCCGCAGUUUUGGAAACCUUGUUCAUAGUUCCAUACUUCCAUUCGUAUGUGGACCUUGUAGUGUAUCUUCAUACUCAGCUUCACGGAUCUGUCACUCUGUUCUCAGUCAUUGAGAGCCAAUCGACAUGGCCAUGGCGGUUAGGGUUUUUCUGCUUCUUACUUUACUCUUCCUCUAUGCAAACUUUAGCUCUGCCUUAUAUGAAGAUCAAGUAGGACUCAUGGAUUGGCAUCAACAGUACAUAGGAAAAGUAAAGCACGCAGUUUUCCACACUCAAAGGGCGGGAAGAAAGCGUGUUGUAGUCUCUACAGAGGAGAAUGCUAUUGCUUCACUCGAUCUCCGUACGGGGGACAUAUUUUGGAGGCAUGUUCUCGGUGCUAAUGAUGCUGUGGAUGGAAUUGAUAUCGCCCUUGGAAAAUAUGUCAUCACCCUUUCAUCAGAGGGUAGUAUUUUGAGAGCUUGGAACCUUCCUGAUGGGCAAAUGGUAUGGGAAACUUUCCUUCGGGGUUCAACGUCAUCAAAUUCAUUGCUAUCCAUACUGACAAACUUUAAAAUGGACAAGGAAAACAUGGUUCUUGUUUUUGGUGGAGGGUGUCUACAUGCUGUUUCAAGCAUUGAUGGUGAAACUAUUUGGAGGAAAGAGUUGGCCACUGAAAGUUUUGAAAUUCGGCAAAUUCUCCAGUCUCCUGAAAGUGAUAUCAUUCAUGCUUUAGGAUUUGUUGGUUCGUCAAAGUUUGUCACCUACAAAAUUGAUGCAAAAAAUGGUGAGCUAUUAAAGCAUACCAGCACAGCUUUUCCUGGUGGCUUUCCUGGGGAACUGUCGCUUGUUUCUGCUGACACAGUUGUGGCAUUGGAUGCCACCAGGUCAAUUUUGGUGUCAAUAAGUUUUCAGAAUGGAGAGACUAGUUUUCACCAGACAUUUAUUUCAGAUCUGGUAGCGGAUUCUGCUGGAGUAGCAACAAUACUGCCUGCAAGGCUUACAGGGAUAUUUGCCAUGAAAAUUAAUUCUUUUAUUGUAUUUAUAAGUGUGACAGAUGAACACAAGUUAGAGGUGGUACAGAAAAUUACUUACCCAGCAGCAGUUAGUGAUGUUCUCUCAUUCUCAGAAGGGCAAAAAGCUUUUGCAUUGGUUCAACAUGGAGGAUCUAGGAUUCAGCUUGUAGUGAAACUUGAUAAUGACUGGAGCACUGAUCUUCUCAAGGAAAGCAUUGAGAUCGAUCCUAAGAAAGGGUUUGUUGAGAAGGUUUUCAUUAAUAAUUAUAUCCGGACGGACAGAUCUCAUGGGUUUAGGGCCUUGGUUGUUAUGGAAGAUCAUUCUUUACUGUUACUACAACAGGGGGAUAUUGUCUGGAGCAGGGAAGAUGGGCUUGCAUCUAUUAUAGACAUGACAACAUCAGAGCUACCUGUUGAAAAGAAAGGUGUAUCAGUUGCUAAAGUGGAACACAACCUCUUUGAAUGGCUGAAGGGACAUUUUCUGAAACUCAAGGGAACUCUGAUGCUUGCAAGUCCUGAUGAUAUAACAUCUAUACAAGAAAUGAGGUUGAAAAGCUCUGAGAAGAACAAAAUGACGCGAGACCACAAUGGUUUUCGAAAGCUGCUGAUAGUACUAACCAAAGCAGGCAAGCUUUAUGCUCUGCAUACAGGAGAUGGACGUGUCAUUUGGUCUCUUCUACUUUCCUCCCUUCGUAGAUCAGAAGUCUGUGAACAUCCCACUGGGCUGAAUAUAUAUCAAUGGCAGGUUCCUCAUCAUCAUGCAAUGGAUGAGAAUCCAUCUGUCCUUGUUGUUGGUAAAUGUGGACUUGGUUUUGAUGCACCGGGUGUUUUUUCUUUUGUUGAUUCAUACACUGGGAAGGAGCUCGACUCUUUGAGCCUUGCUCAUUCAGUGGCCCAAGUUAUUACAUUGCCAUUUACAGAUUCAACAGAACAGCGGCUCCAUUUACUUAUAGAUGCUUCCAACCAUGCACAUGUAUACCCAAGAAAUCUUGAGGCUGUCAAUAUUCUUGAACGUGAACUCCCUAACAUAUACUGGUAUUCUGUUGAAUAUCAGCGGGACAUCAUUACAGGGCAUGCAUUAAAAGGCAAUUGCAUUCUUGACGUGGAGGAUGAGUAUUGCUUUAACACAAGAGAGUUGUGGUCUAUUGUAUUCCCUUCUGAGGCAGAAAAGAUUAUUGCAACAGCAACAAGAAAAUUGAAUGAGGUGGUCCAUACUCAAGCUAAGGUAAUAGCAGAUCAAGAUGUGAUGUACAAAUACAUAUCAAGAAAUCUGCUCUUUGUAGCUACUGUUGCACCUAAAGCUGCUGGUGAAAUUGGAUCAGCUACACCUGAGGAAUCUUGGUUGGUUGUAUAUCUUAUUGACACCAUUACUGGUCGUAUCCUUCAUCGUGUGACACAUUUUGGUUCACAGGGUCCUGUCCAUGCUGUCUUUAGUGAGAACUGGGUCAUAUACCACUACUUCAAUCUCAGAGCACACAGAUAUGAGAUGUCAGUAAUUGAAAUUUAUGAUCAGUCUCGGGCUGGUAACAAAGAUGUUUGGAAGCUUGUCCUUGGAAAACAUAAUCUUACCUCAGCCAUUUCCUCAUAUUCUAGACCAGAGGUGAUGGUGAAAUCUCAGACUUAUUUUUUCACUCACUCAGUAAAAACAAUGGCAGUGACUUCAACAUCAAAGGGCAUAACUUCUAAGCAACUUCUUAUUGGUACAAUUGGUGAUCAGGUGCUGGCACUUGAUAAGCGUUAUUUAGAUCCUCGACGAUCACCUGAUCCAACACAAACAGAGAGAGAAGAAGGAAUCAUUCCUUUAACUGAUUCACUGCCAAUCAUUCCUCAGUCCUAUGUGACACACUCACUCAAAGUGGAAGGGCUCCGAGGCAUUGUAACAGUUCCUGCUAAGCUGGAGUCGACCAGCCUUGUCUUUGCAUAUGGAGUGGAUCUUUUCUUCACCAGAAUUGCACCUUCACGUACAUAUGAUUCCCUCACAGAAGAUUUCAGUUAUGCUCUGCUUCUCAUCACAAUAGUUGCUUUAAUUGCAGCCAUCUUUGUAACAUGGAUCUUGUCUGAGAAUAAGGAACUGAGAGAAAAAUGGAGCCUUACUGUGCAAUAGCCGAUAUCUGUAAGAUGAACCAUUAUGGAGCAUGUCCACGGAGGAUCCUCCUCCACACUCUUUUCCCUUUCUGAUGGCUGGUAUAAACAAAGCAGAGCAGAACAUUUAACGUGGAAAGUAAAAGUACCUAAUUUGGAUAAGUAUCUAAAGAUAGCUGUAAAUUUAAGUUCAGAAUCUUCUUUCUAACAAUUUGAAUAAUUGAAACGGGAAUGGAUCCUUUAUGCUGUUUGAGCUGUUAGGAAAUUUA